ACACGGAUAGCAUUGUGAUACUAGGCUUAGCAUUAAAGUUCUAUCAGCUCCUGUGUAGAUAUAUGUAAUCAAAUGUGCUAUAGCGUUAAAUAUCAUCAUCACUCCCGAAAUAAAGCUUGAGAUCAAUGUGUUUGUGUUGAUACAUUUGAUGUGGAAAGAAAAGAAGAAGCCAUUCGUAUUGUCUCUAUGUAUAUAGUGUUAAAUCGUUUAAAGCUUCAACAUUAAGGUCUAAAUAUUUAUAAAAUAUGUCAUAUAAUAUGUUCAUGGUGUAAAAAUAGGACACAUUUGUUAUGUAGCUAGUGGAAAGGGCAUCGUGUUGGACAGUAGGUCCAAUGAAAUAAACUAGAAGUGUUCUGUUGGCACUCAACACUCCGUGUGACUUGGAGAGGGAAGAUCAUGAAGACAUUGAAAGCACUUUUUCGUUGGGGUGGAGUUGUUAUUGUGAAUGUUUUGCUGGCGAUGUGUGUCCUGACAGCGCACGCACUGUCUUGUGACGGAGACGGGCCCUGUCGGUGUACUUACAGUGAUGGUUCCGGUACGGUGGACAUCAGCAGCGUUGGCCUUCAAAAUGGACAGCCAAGGUUCAAAGAUGAAUACUCUUAUGACAGAAGUAUCUAUUCGUACAAUCCAUGUUUUGCUGUAUCUCUAGGGAGCUGUCAAGAUUCUGCUAUCUGUAAAAAAGUUGGAAGCGAUUAUGUAACAAUGGGGAGUCAAGCUGGUGUCACGUGGUCCUACACUGGCUACUAUCCUAUGGCCACCUACACAACUAGCGAAAACAGGCGGACUGAGGUGUUGAUGAUGUGUGACAAGUCUUAUACUGAACCGAGAAUUGAUGUUGUUGGCGAGUUAAACCCUGGCAUUUUGUCUAUCAACAUGUUCACCAAUUGCGCAUGCCCAAACGUCUGCAAACGUGUCGAUCCCAGACCUGAUGAGAACGGAGGUCUGUCUACUGGGUCCAUUUUGUUAAUUAUUUUUUUCGUCACUUUGAUUGUUUACGUGGUUGGCGGUGCAGCAUUCAAUUACCAUAGAGAUCAGAAAGUUGGUAAAGAAAUGUUACCCAACUACAAUUUUUGGUCUCUUGUGCCCGGACUUAUUUUGGAAGGUUUCAAAUGGUUCUCUGCUUUGAUAUGCCAACGAGGUAACAGUCAGUAUGAAGCAAAAUGAGUCUCCAAGUUCACAAAACAAGAAGGACCAAACUAAUGACUAACUGUAAACCAGCUGAUUUAUGUUUGUAUUUUAUAUAUGUUCAUGUUACAGCCAAAUAUACAAAAAUACUCAUAAAA